CAGUAUAUUUUGCCUAUCUAACGCAGCCUUGCAGUUCAGUCAGUACUUUGCACUCGGGAUUGAAUCAUUUGCAAAAAUGCGGCUUAAAAUAAUUACCAUAAUUUUCGUUUUGAAUUUAUUCAGUUCGAUAGCAAAAAGUGUUCAAAAUACGCAGUUCAAUGAGACUAAAGCAAUUAUAGAACUAAGGGAAAAGUUUGAGAUAUUAAGAAACAAGAUUGAUGAUCUCACUAAAAAACUUCAUCAAUCCGAUGAUGGAAGAUUAUAUGCACGCUGUGCUGAAGCAACUACUAAUCAAAAUACGGAGAUCAAUAUAAUUAAUGGAUUUGUUGAACUAAAGGCAAAAUUUAAGAUUGGAGAUUUCAAAAUAGCGAUAGAUGAGCACGAAAAAGAGAGAAAGGGGCUUAAUGAUAAAAGAUUAUAUCCGCGCAGCUGUGCUGAGGCAACUGCUGUCUUUAAACACAGCGGAAUCUUUGAGUUAAUGGUCCCAGACAAACUUCCCUUUAAAGUAGCCUGCGAUGCGGAGACUAGAGACGGCAAUUGGACGAUCAUUUUACGGCGCAUGGAUGGAACUGUGAAUUUCAAACGCACAUGGAAGGAAUACAAGAAGGGUUUUGGAGAUGUGAGCGGAGAGUUCUUUCUGGGUCUAGACAACAUCCACGACAUGACUACAGAUCAGAAGCAGGAGCUAAUGGUAAUCCUCGAAGACUUCAAGGGAGAAGUCCGUUAUGAGUUAUAUUCAGAGUUUGCAAUAGGCAGCGAAUUGGAUGCAUAUAACUUGCAUACGCUGGGAGAAGCAACUGGAAAUGCUGGAGAUUCUCUUACACAUCAUCGCAAUCACAAAUUUAGUACUUUUGAUCGGGAUAAUGAUGAUGGCCCAAAAAAUUGUGCCGAAUUAUAUACUGGGGCUUGGUGGCACGUUGCUUGUCAUCAUUGUCAAUUGACGGGUACAUAUAAUAAUACGUUAAGUGGCAUGGGCAUAAAUUGGCUUCAUUUCCAUGGUCAUCUCUAUUCGUUAAAGAGUGCUCUUAUGAUGAUAAGACCCACUAAGUAAUUCCUUGAAUCUCGGAAGUUAGUAAACACUUUUUGUUUUAAGUACUACAAAAUAUACUGACAACUAAACAUAUAUUUUAUAUUAAAUAUAUCUUUUAAACGUAUUUUCCAACAAGUUUGUAUUUAAAUUAAA